UUUUUUUUUUUCCAUAUUAAUUAAAAUUAUUUUUCAAGAUCCAUCCUAGGAAUUAGUACUCUUCGAUUCCACUCUACCUCAAAAUUCUUUUCUCUCUUAACAAUUUUUCAAGACUCAGUAUAUACACUCAAACUGCUAAAGACACAAACUUGUGCACUGUUAAUGUGCUUUGAUAAUGGAUUCUUUGCAUUUCUCACACUGUUAUUCUACUCUAAAUGCGAAAAAGAGACAACCCCAAAACCAAAUUUCGAACCAAUUCAGUGUUAUUCCCCAGCUGAGUCAGACAAGUGUUAAAAAUUCAAUCUUGUUGCGCAGAAGAAAUUUGGGUUUUCUCAUGGAUUGUAAAGGAAGGGGCUAUGGAAUUGUACGUGCAGUUUCUUCCGUUGAAACCAGGGAAAAGCAGCAGAAAGGAAAGAAUAGUGAGAAGGUACAGCUGCGUGUUCGGCUUAAACACCAAGUUGAAUUUGGGGAGCACAUUGCAGUUUUGGGAUCAGCCAAAGAAUUAGGGUCCUGGAAGAAGAAUAUAAUGAUGGACUGGACAGAGAAUGGAUGGAUUUCUGAAUUGGAAUUACGAGCUGGUGAGAGUCUUGAAUAUAAGUUUGUAAUUGUUGGUAAGGACAAGAAUAUGGUAUGGGAAAACGGCAGUAACCGGAUCUUGAAGCUACCAGAAGGAGGAAGUUUUGAAUUGGUCUGUCAAUGGAAUGUGACAGAUGAGCCUGUGAAUUUGUUGCAAUUGGAUCCAUUUGUAGUAGAGGAGGUAGUAGAAAAGGCAACUGAUAAUGGAGCUACAAUUAUUGGCGAGACUGCUGUUCUGGACGCUGUAACAAGUCCGUUUGUGGAGCAAUGGCAAGGGAGGGCUGCAUCUUUUGUACGUUCAAAGGACGAACUGGAUUCCCAAACAAACAGGAAGUGGGACACAUCAGGUCUCACUGGGAUUUCCCUAAAGCUCGUUGAAGGUGAUAAAAAUGCUCGGAAUUGGUGGCGAAAGCUUGAGGUUGUCCGCGAACUAGUUGUUGAAAACAUGGAUAGUUCACAGCGCUUGGAGGCUCUCACGUAUGCAGCUGUCUAUCUAAAGUGGAUAAACACAGGGCAAAUUCCUUGCCUUGAAGAUGGGGGUCACCAUCGACCAAAUAGGCAUGCAGAGAUUUCCAGGCUUAUUUUUCGUGAAGUAGAAAAACUCUUGAGUAGGCGAGACACUACACUUCAGGAAAUACUUGUAAUCCGCAAGAUGCAGCCGUGCCUGCCUUCUUUUAAAGCAGAAUUCACUCAAUCUGUUCCGUUAACAAGAAUCAGGGACAUCGCUCAUAGGAAUGAUAUACCCCAUGACCUUAAGCAAGAAAUCAAACAUACUAUACAAAACAAGCUCCACAGAAAUGCUGGCCCUGAAGAUCUGGUGUCCACAGAAGCAAUGCUCGAAAGAAUUACCAAGAAACCUGGACAAUAUAGUGAGGCAUUUGUAGAACAAUUCAAGAUUUUCCACAAUGAACUAAAAGAUUUCUUCAAUGCUGGGAGUCUUGAUGAACAACUGGAAUCUAUAAGGGAAUCUCUCGAUGAAAGUAGAUCGUCAAUGCUUUCAUCAUUCGUGGAGUCCAAAAAGGGAUUGGCUAUGUUGGAUGAAAAACAUAAUGUUUCAGAGACUGAAAGGACUGAAUUUUUAGUCAGGACAAUAAACUCUCUGAAUGCUCUUCGUGAAGUAAUUGUUAAGGGUCUUGAAAGUGGCCUCCGUAAUGAUGCUCCGGAUGCUGCAAUAGCUAUGCGGCAAAAGUGGCGUCUCUGCGAGAUUGGGCUUGAAGACUAUGCGUUUGUCCUUUUGAGCAGGUUUGUCAAUGCAGUUGAAGCUCGGGGAGGAGCUGAUUCGCUUGCAGAGAAUGUAGCGCAGAAAAAUGUUAGCUCUUGGAAUGAUCCAAUUGGAGCACUUAAUGUUGGAAUCCAACAACUAGGUCUAUCUGGUUGGAAACCUGAGGAAUGCAAAGCUGUUGGAAAUGAGCUUUUGUCAUGGAAAAAGAGGGGACUUUCAGAAACCGAAGGCAGUGAAGAUGGUAAGACUAUAUGGGCAUUGAGACUGAAAGCUACUCUUGAUAGAAGUCGGAGGUUAACUGAGGAGUAUUCCGAGACACUUCUCCAAAUAUUCCCUGAAAAAGUCCAGAUUUUAGGGAAAUCUUUGGCGAUUCCUGAAAAUAGCGUGAGAACAUUCACUGAAGCUGAAAUUCGAGCAGGUGUGGUUUUUCAGGUUUCAAAGCUUGCUACACUACUUUUGAAGGCUACUAGAAGGACAAUUGGGUCUUCGGGCUGGGAUGUUCUCGUUCCAGGGGAUGCUUUUGGACAGCUAAUACAGGUGGAUAGAAUUGUCCCAGGGACUCUACCAUCAUCGGCAACAGGACCUGUUAUUCUUGUAGUGAACAAAGCUGAUGGAGAUGAAGAGGUGACAGCAGCAGGAAGUAACAUAUCCGGGGUUGUACUUCUACAGGAGCUACCUCAUUUAUCUCAUCUAGGUGUUAGGGCGCGACAGGAAAAGGUAGUUUUUGUGACCUGCGACGAUGAUGACAAAGUUUCUGAUAUAAGAGAACUAACUGGAAAAUAUGUGAGGUUAGAGGCAUCAUCAACUGGUGUAAAGUUAACUUCCUCUUCAUCAGAGAAAGGCACUGGUGUUUCCCAAAAUAAACAUCUCUCAGUUACUGCUUCAUCUACAAGUACAGCCUCUUCUCAUUCUAAAGAGGUGGUACCUACUGGAGGUAUUAUUCCUCUUGCUGAUGCAGAAAUACAGAGUAGUGGUGCAAAAGCGGCUUCUUGUGCUCAAUUAGCUUUACUGGCAUCCUCUUCUGCUAAAGUUUACAGUGACCAAGGGGUGCCAGCUUCAUUUAAGGUCCCUGCUGGAGCAGUAAUUCCAUUUGGUUCUAUGGAAAUGGCAUUAGAAACGAAUAAGUUAACGGAGACCUUCACAUUGCUUGUCGAACAGAUAGAAACAGCUCAAAUCGAUGGUGGUGAACUUGAUAAACACUGUGAUGAUCUCCAGAAGUUAAUAUCUUCUCUACUGCCUGGACAAGAUGUCACUGAAAGCUUGGGAAAAUUAUUCCCGGGUAAUGCACGUUUAAUAGUGCGUUCAAGUGCUAAUGUUGAGGAUUUGGCGGGGAUGUCAGCAGCUGGACUUUACGAUUCGAUUCCUAACGUUAGCCCUUCAGAUCCGAUAAGGUUUGGACAUGCUGUAGCCCGCGUUUGGGCCUCAUUGUAUACUAGAAGAGCAGUACUGAGCCGUAGAGCUGCUGGUGUGCCCCAGAAAGACGCUACUAUGGCUGUACUAGUGCAAGAAAUGCUUUCACCGGAUUUAUCUUUUGUCCUCCACACGCUGAGUCCAACAGACAACAAUCAUAACUUUGUCGAGGCUGAGAUUGCACCUGGACUCGGUGAAACACUCGCUUCAGGAACGAGGGGUACACCAUGGCGUCUGUCUAGUGGUAAAUUUGAUGACACAGUACGCACACUGGCGUUCGCCAACUUUAGUGAGGAGAUGGUUGUAGGUGGAAAUACUCCGGCUGACGGAGAAGUUAUUCAUUUGACCGUGGAUUAUAGCAAGAAACCUUUAACAAUCGACCCCAUUUUCAGGCGUCAACUUGGUCAGAGGCUUGGCGCCGUUGGUUUCUACCUAGAACGUAAAUUUGGUUCUCCUCAAGACGUUGAAGGAUGUUUAGUUGGUAACGAAAUUUUCAUCGUGCAAUCACGGCCCCAACCCCAGUGAGAGCUUGUGUUUUGCACUGAACUUCCUCACUAUAGUGUAUGUAUAAUUCAGCAUCUCUUUGAGGUGUACAUAGUUGAUUAAAGAAGCAAGCUUAUACUAGUCUUAUAGAAGUAGUUUAAGGUGAAUAUUCUCCCUCAGAUUGUGCAAAUCUGCUGUACUGGCUGUGAUCUUACAUUCAUAGUAUUCUAGACAUGAUAAAGUCACUCAUAUAUUACUUAGCUUCUUUGA